AUGCGUACGCUCGCCUUCUUGUUGCUGCUCACCAACUUGGUGCUCCGGGCGCGAUGUGAGAUUUUGGUCCCGAUUCUGGGAAAGGACGAGGCCGUGGCUCCGGCAGAAGAACUUGGAACAGUCGAGGAGCCAAAUGAGGGUUCCGUCAAAGAUGAGCACGUCAGGGCGGCGGCGGUCGUGGCGGCGGUUAUGGCGGCCGAGGCGUUUUUAAUCGCGGUGGCGGCGGAUAUCGGGGCGGUGUGCACCCCGGCGGCCAUCACCACGUUGGCGUGGGUUUUGGCCAACUUGACUAUACGAUGCUCUUACCUAGCAGCCAGACUCUCGCGCAACGCCCCAACAAUUCUAGGUUACCACGUCCAUCGCCCGGUGUUUUUCGGCGGCUACUACGGUGGCUUCUACCACCGUCCGAUGUUUGGCUACUACUGGCCCGGCGGCUUCAUCUUUGCCCACCACUACGGGUACCCGGUCGGCGGAGGCGAAAUGGCCGUCUCGAUCAUCCUGAUGAUCGUGUUGGUGAUCAUCCUGAUCGCCUGCGUCAGCGGCUGCAUUUGGGCGUGCUGCCGUUGCUGCCAUGGUGACCAGCCCCAGCCGUACGUCGAGCCCUACUGUGCGCCUGUCGUCGUCGAUCCGUGCAUGCCGGUGAUGGUUGACCCGUGUAUGCCCGCCUACGUCGAGCCGUGUCCGCCCCCAGUCAUCAUCGAGCCAUGCCCGCCCCCGUAUAUGGCGCCUUGCCCGCCGCCAUACGUGCCCUAUCCGCCGCCACCACCCGGUGCCCCCGUCUACUAUUGC